UAUCAUAUCAACGAAACAUGUUUUCCAAAGUGGUAGUUCUCUGCGCUCUGGUGGCUGUGUCGUCAGCUGGUCUUCUCCCUGCUGCUGUUCACUACUCUUCAGCGGCGGCCGUCUCUUCCCAGAGCAUUGUCCGUCAUGACCAGCAACAAGCCAAGCUGGCUAUUGCCGCCCCUGUCACUUACCAGGCUGCCCCAGUCUACCAAGCCGCUCCUGUCUACCACUCUGCUCCAGCUCCAGUUGCUUACCAGGCUGCCCCAGUCUACCAAGCCGCUCCCGUCUACCACUCUGCUCCAGCUCCAGUUGCCUACCACGCUGCCCCUGCCUCAGUUGCCUACCACGCUGCCCCUGCCCCAGUUGCUUACCACGCUGCCCCAGUGCACUACGCCGCUCCUGUUGCUAAAGUCCUAGCUCCCGAAGAAAUCGCUCACCCCAAAUACGAGUACUCUUACUCCGUGUCCGACCCUCACACCGGUGAUGACAAGCAGCAACAGGAGGUCCGCGACGGUGAUGUCGUAAAGGGCUCCUACUCCUUCCACGAAGCCGAUGGCUCCAUCAGAACCGUAGAGUACUCCGCUGAUGACCACAGCGGUUUCAACGCGGUCGUGCACAACACCGCCCCUACCGCCGCCCCAACCCUAGUCAAGGCCGCACCUGUCCUCCUCAAAGCUCCCGUCUACGCUGCACCCGCUCACCAAUACUACCACUAAGUUCGCACUUUAUAAGUGUCAAACUUUGAUUGGAUUUGACAAUGAUUAUUUAUUAUAAAAUAUAAGAAUAUACGAAGUA